GAAAAAAGCACAAAUUUACAAAUAACCUAGUCGUUUCAUAAAACCUUAUCAAGCUGAAAACCUACAACAUCCACAGUAGACAUACACAUUUUUGAUUUGUCAACAAAACAAAACAGCAAGCGGCACUGCCUGUGUUGUGUAUUGGUUGUGUGUAUACAAAAUUUUAAGAACUGGAGCAGCAGCCAUGGUUAUGGUAACGGUUGCAUUGUUAACACGCCUACGUCUACUCAGCGCUCCACAGCGCACAUUGGGUUUCGGCUUCCUGCGCCUACUGCAGGCAACGCACACAGCAAGAUCCAGUCUCACUGCUAGAUGCCUUAGCGUUGGAUUAUUGGGCCGCAACAACAACAACAACUAUGACAAGGGCAAUAAACGCGAUGCGUUUAUGUUGGCAUUGCAACAGCAACAACAGCUUGUUAUCAAAUGCCGCAACUAUGCACGCCUCAGCACAAAAUCCUCCGCCCAUUGUGCCAACAAAACGGACGCCAAAUCCUCGUCCACAGCAGCUGCCGAUCUUUUUGGGGAGUCUGCUAACAUGGGAUUAUUUGCUAAAUUCAAGCAUAUGUAUAAACAGUAUUGGUACGUGCUUAUACCAGUUCAUGUGUUGACAUCAGUUGGUUGGUUUGGCGGUUUCUACUAUUUAUCUAAGAGCGGUGUCGAUGUGCCCGCAUUGUUGCAAUAUGUACAUCUCAGUGAGACAAUCAUUGAGAAGGUGCAGGGCUCCGACAUGGGACACUAUGCCAUUGCCUAUCUUUGCUAUAAAGUAGCCACGCCACUGCGAUAUGCACUCACAUUGGGGGGCACUACGGUGUCCAUCAAGUAUCUUGUUCAGGCUGGCCACAUUAAGCCCAUACCCAGCAAAAGUCAACUUUUGAAAAUGUACGAAGAUAAGAAGGCAACGCGGGCUAGUGCCAAAGCUGACAAGGCCGAGAAGGACGAGUCUUCGCAAUCAAAUCACAAAUGAUGGCGAGGCAGAGGCGCUAUUGUCGUCGCCUCCGCCCACAAAGCUAGUGCGCUGCCAUUGCUGGCGUUGGGCAUGGGCGCUUGCAGGCGUCGUUCAGUUGGCUUGUUAUGUUAUUUGUUAAACUGUUGCUUGUCGCUCUGUAUGCGUCGGCGUUGGUGCUCUUCAAUGUCCUUAAUCCACACUUUAAAACCAUGCGAUCAACACUCAAUGCUAAUGCCGCCAGACGCAUGCCGAAAGAUAAAAGCCCAUACACGCGCAUAAUGCAUCUGAUGAAAGGAAACAUAUAUAUUUUGUAAUAGUUAAAAUACCUAUGUAUGUAGUUUUUCUUAGUUACGAAAUUGUUGGCUGCCGCGUGCAUGUCAAGGAGCACGUACACACAGGCACAUACAAACACACACACACCCACACACUAGACCCCACUAAGGGAGGGCAUGCCGCUACAGCAUACAUAAUGCAUACAUAUGUAAUUUAUAUUUUGUAACUGUAAUUAUAAAAGUUGUAAAAACAAUAACUUUUCGAAUUGGUCGUUAAAAACAAUACCAUAAAUUUCGUGAUGAGCUUUAAAAA